ACUACACUGCCUGAAGAUAAACUUUAUUGAUACGAAAAUGCAUCUUUUCAAAGUUGCUAUCAUUUUGGUUACCUUAUUGCUUACAGUAAAUAGUAUAAGCAAGAGAGACAUGAAAUUGUAUAGAGAAAAAGCAAGAACAAUGUUCUACCAUGGUUACAAUGGAUAUCUUAAUUAUGGAUUUCCUUAUGAUGAGUUAAGGCCAAUAUCAUGUACUGGUCAUGACACAUGGGGAAGCUACCACUUAACUUUGGUUGAUUCACUUGAUACACUCUUGAUCAUGGGGAACUCUUCUGAAUUUCUAAGAGUUGUAAAAAUCAUAGAAGACGAAAUGACCUUUGAAAAAGACAUAAAUGUUUCGGUAUUUGAAACAAAUAUUAGAGUUAUUGGAGGACUUCUUUCUGCGCAUCUUCUUAUGAACAAAGCAACAACAGUAUUAGAACCAGGCUGGCCUUGUCAAGGCAAGCUGUUAAAUUUAGCAAAAAAAGCUGCUGAAAAACUAUUGCCAGCUUUCAAUACUUCAACUUCUAUGCCAUAUGGUACAGUCAAUCUCUUAAAGGGAGUGCCUGAGGGUGAAACGACAAUAACAUGUACUGCCAGUGUCGGAACGUUCAUUCUGGAGUUUGCAACACUUACCCAACUUACAGGAGAUCAAAGAUUUGAAGCAGCUGCGAUGGAGGCACUGGAAUCGCUUUACAAAAAAAGAUCUACAAAAGGAUUGGUUGGCAAUCAUAUUGAUGUAUCUGAUGGAAGAUGGACGGCUGUUGAUUCCGGUAUUGGCGCAGGGGUUGAUUCGUAUUUUGAAUACCUUGUAAAAGGUGGAAUUAUGUUUGGUGAAACCAAGCUUAUCGACAUGUUUAGAGAACUGAAUAAAAAGAUUCACAAAUACUUGAAAUUCGAUGACUGGUACGUUUGGGUUCACAUGGAGAAGUCGUCGAUCUCGUUGCCUGUUUUCCAAUCACUGGAUGCCUAUUGGCCAGGAUUGCAAACUCUUCUUGGAGAUAUAGGAGAAGCUUCCCGUACGCUGUUCAAAUAUCAUAGUGUGUGGAAAAAGUUUGGAUUCACGCCAGAGUUUUAUCAGAUUGCGUCAACGGAGACCUUUCAUGGUAGAGAGGGCUACCCGCUUAGACCAGAGCUUAUUGAAAGCACGAUGUAUUUAUAUCAAGCCACGAAAGAUCCAUAUUAUCUACAAAUUGGAGUAGACAUCCUAGAAUCUAUAGAAAGACACACAAGAACGCCAUGUGGAUAUGCAACUGUACGCAAUGUCAACACUCAUGAAUUAGAAGACCGCAUGGAAUCGUUCUUCUUGGCAGAAACUACAAAAUACCUGUUCCUUUUAUUUGAUGAGGACAAUUUUAUUCAUAAGAGUGAUGGUUCAAUCUUCUCACCAAGACCCAACGAGCCGACGCAAUGCUUGAUGGGAAGCCUUGGAUAUAUAUUUAACACUGAAGCGCAUCCGCUGGACAUUGGCGCUGUUGGUUGUUGUAGAAAUUUUAAUAGGACAUCAAACACAUUAUUAAACGCAGAUAAAAUUGAUGAGUUGCAAAAAGGCAGCCAAGAUUUCUUAACCGGACAGUACAAAUGUAAACCUAGGCCAUUUUAUCAACGACUGUUUGCUAACGGGGCAUACCUAGAAGAUAAAUUUGACCUAUUUAGUUAGCAUUGUUUAUUGAGCAGAUGAGUGUGAAA